AUGGCCUCUAAUCCCCCCGGACGCUGCUGCACCCUUGGAAUCAAGCAUGAGGGUACGCCCUCCGGCGAGCUGAUCAAAGUUGGCGCCUACGACGCCUACCUCGCGAAACCCCCCGCCGACAAAGCCCACACCGGAGCUGGCAUCCUCUUUCUGCCGGAUGUGAUCGGCAUCUGGCAGAACAGCAAGCUGAUGGCCGACCAGUUUGCGGCCAACGGCUACGUCACACUCAUCAUCGAUACCUUCAACGGCGACCCGUUGCCUCUCGGCCCGCGCCCGGCCGGGUUUAACAUUCAUGAAUGGAUUGCGAAGGGCUCCGACGGGAAGAACCCACAUACGACUGAGGCGGUUGAUCCGAUUGUCGUGGAGGGGAUUAAGUACUUGAGGGAGGUGCAUGGGGUUACGAAGUUGGGGGCUGUUGGGUACUGCUUUGGUGCCAAGUACGUCGUCCGCCACUACAAAUCCGGCAUCCAAGUCGGCUACGUGGCACACCCGUCCUUCGUCGAAGAGGACGAGCUGGCCGCCAUCACCGGCCCAUUUGCCAUCUCUGCCGCCGAGACGGACACCAUCUUUCCGGCCGAAAAGCGCCACAAGAGCGAGGAAAUCCUCAAGGCGGCUGGCGUGCCUUACCAGAUCAACUUGUUCAGUGGUGUCGAGCACGGGUUUGCCGUACGGGGUGAUCCGAAUGUGAAGAUUUCGAGGUUUGCCAGGGAGCAGGCGUUCUUGCAGGCGGUGACGUGGUUCGAUAACUGGCUGCUGUGA